UCACUCAAAUAGUACAGUUCUUUAUCACUUGCAACAUUAUUUUGUAUUAUUUUUCACUAUCAUCAUUCAUCAUGAUAUCCGCCAUAUCGAUUUUAAUGAUGUAUGAGUGACGACCACGGUCCACGACAUACUAUAUACAAUAUACCGACUGCUGAGUAGUGAGUACUGUCUAAUGCUACAAAUUUAUGGUUUACUCAAGUACUAAAUCAAAAUCUUGAUUUUAAAUUCGUAAACUGUUUGUUAAUUAUCGUUGUAGGGUCAAGUUAUCAAUAGGGUGAAAUGUGUAUGCCUGAUUUUCAAAAACCCGCCGACGACUCGCCAAUAUCUGAUGAAGAAGGAGGUGCCCACAUGGAGGAAGACAGUGACGAAGAAAUUUUUCACUCAAAUUCUGACAAUGAGUCCUCAUCAGAUUCAAGUUUAGCUGUUAUUUUACAAGACGAUGGAGAUGUAAGUGAUGACGAUAUUGAAGGAGAAGAAGACGACAUCGACGACAUCGAUGACGAUGAUGUUGAUGAUGAUGAUGAUGAUGACGACGAUGAUGAUGAUGAUGACGACGAUGAUGAUGAUGAUGAUGACGACGAUGAUGAUGAUGAUGAUGAUGAUGAAGAAGAGAAUAAUGAUGGUAGUGGUGAUGGAGACGAUGAUGAAGAAUUAGAAGAAGAAGAAGAAGAUGAAGUGGUAGCAGCUUUUCUUUCAGCUAGUUCAGAUAGAAAUAGAAACCAUCCACCUAAUUUGUCUGUUGGUAAUGUCCUAAUCGGUGGAUUUUCUUUUCAUCCAAGUACAAAUGUUAUUGCUCUUGGUCUAUCAAAUGGUGAUAUUGCUAUGUAUAAGUAUACUAAUGAAAUGAAUGAGCAUUUGAGGACAAAUGAUAAUGUUCAUUUAAAAAAAGUUAUGGUAUUAGAAUUUAAUGAAACUGGUGAUUUAAUCUAUUCAGCUUGUAAAGACAACAAUGUCUCAGUGUCUGAUGCCGAAACAGGAAAAAUGAAAGUAUAUUUUGAAAAAGCUCAUACAGCUGGGAGUUUUGUUACAGCACUUUCUUUUAUUGAUGAAAAUUUGUUCGCCACUGGUGAUGAAGACGGCGUAGUUAAUGUUUGGGAUAUACGAGCAAACGGGUGUCGAUUUUCCUUAAAGAAAACUGAGGAUAGCAUUAAUUCUAUGAUCACCAUUAAUAAUAGUAAUAAUCAACCUACUUUAGCUUGUACGUCCGGUGAUGGUACAUUGACCAUUAUUGACUUAUCAACAAAAAAAAUGGUUGUCCAGUCAGAACCAUAUAAAUCUGUACUAACUAGCUGUGUAACAAUGAAAAGAAAAACAAAAGUAGUAUGUGGUACUGGUGAAGGAUCACUGAUUACAUUUAAUACAGGCGACUUCACUAUGUUCAAUGAUGAAUUUCCUUGUGUUGAUAAAGGUGCUGCAGUGAACAGAUUAGUUCCAGUUACAGAAAAUAUUAUAAUAAGUGCUUUAGAUAAUGGAAAAAUCAGGGCUACAAAUUUAUUUCCCAACUGCCAUUUGGGAAUUGUUGGUCAUCAUCAAGAUAUGUCAGUUGACCUAUUGGAUAUAUCAGACAAUGGUCAUUUAUUAGCUUCAACAUCUUAUUUCAGUAGUAUUGUUAAGUUUUGGAACAUAGAAUUCUUCGAAGACUUUGAUUUAAAAAAACACUUUAAGAAGAUCAAUCCCAAAGAAUUUAAUUUGCCAUCAUCAAAUGUUGUUAAUGCUACAGACUUCUUUUCCGGUCUUCAAUAAAUGUUUGUAAAUGGUGCGAUGUACAUAAAACUAUUUAGAUAAUGUAAAGACUACAAUUUUUAUUAUUAGUUCACUUUUUAAGUGAAAAAAAAACUGAUGAAACAUUUUAUCAUAUAAGAUUUUACUUGA